UAGUACGGAACCAAAGUUCACAUGCAGUCCGCACGGAACACUUUGCGACCGGACCAGUGAGCGGAAGUAGUGUGCCUUGCUUGCGGAGGUCAAGCAGAAGUCCUGCACAUCAGGAUAAACGCUGACCAGUGUGUAUCGGUGAGGACUGCGAAGAAGCUGCUGGACUUCAUACAGUCAUGGUGAAGAAAAAGAGACUUCGCCUCAUUGCAGAAAUGGCUCGGAAAAUCCGGGCAUACCGGGAGCUGAAGUCCCGGCCGCGGGACUCUCAGAAGUAUGCCGUGGACUACGAGACGAUGAAGCGGCCUCUCACGGGGAAGAUGCUGCCUGUGAUGGCCUGGCAGGAUGUCCGCAGGGAGAGCCGCCUCUUCUCCCUGCUGGCCGGUAUGAGAACGUUCGGAGUGGGUCGCCUCUUCACCCGCAAGUCGUGGCUCGAGGAUCACACAGAGCCCAGUUACUGGCAGAUCACCAAGGUCAAGGUGGACUACACAGCUGAGAACAUGGAUCAUGGCAAAGCGUGGGGGAUCCUCACAUACAAAGGAAAACAGGAGACUGAUGUCAAGGAGGUUGACAAGGUGAUGUACCACGACUGGCGCCUGGUUCCCAAACACCUAGAGCAGCAGAUGAAGGACUUUACACCACUCCCUGAGCCGCCUUUGCGCUACGUCCCGUACCCUCCGCUGCUCCGGGCCAUGAUGCUGGCCCAGAACAGUAGAGUAGCAGGCAGUGUACCGCCGGAAGAACCGGCUUUACCUUUGAAGAGGGACGUCCUGCUCAACAAAGACUAUUUCCGUCAGCAGGAACAAGAGAAACCGGGAAAAGAAGGGACAGCGGUGUGAUCGCGACUUGCUUCUCAGCCUGAAAGGUCACAAAUCUUGGACAUUUUUGGACCAAAUCAGUGUUGACAGAUGUGUCUCGAUAUCCUGCUUAGUCCUGGACUCAUAUGAGUUCUCUUUUCUUCUGAUGCAGGCCUCUGUGUGUAUAUGUAACUGUGUCAUGUGCAGAAUAUUAAAUUUGAGAUGAAAGACGG